AUGCCGACGCUUGAGCAAGUCGAGUACUCGCAGGGGGGCACGGUCGCCGCCGUGACCGACUUCUACGCCUUCCUGACCAAGAUGUACCUUCCCGAGUCGGCCGUCGUGCACCCGCCGCCAGGAGGGUGGCCGACUUUAGCCUCUGAUCUCGGUGACCUCGGCAAGUCGGACGAGGUGCUCAGCCUGCUCUCGCACCUGCCGUACGUCCGCCAAGACGAUCUCGACGACACCGAGAUACCGGAGGUCACCCCUGGCGGCCGCUGGAUCGACUGGCGCCAGUCCGGCAUCUGGGUGCGCGAGGGCGGCAGCGACAUUGACGAGCUGCGCACCAUCUCCGAGGGCCCCGCCGCCAUGGAGAAUGUGCCUGAGCACGUUAUCGGGCUGACGAUGAGCGAGCACCACGUCUUCCUACUGGACACGGAGCUCGGCGUCGUCUACUGGCCUGAGUGUCCCGGCCGGCUCCGCGACGGGCCCCGCUGCAUCGAGGACGACCCGUACGACUACUGCGACGACGACGAAGACGCCGAGUGGCGUGCCGACGGCGCCGCCUGGUCCGUCGCUGACUUCUUCGAGGUGCUCAAGGCCCAGUACCGCUCGCUGCGCUGGGUGCCGUGCAGCGAGUAUGAGGUCUUGGAUUCGGAAACCGAGACGACGAGGAAUCCGAUCCCGGCGCUCCAGGGGGUUUACCGGCGCCACGGCUGGCCUGAUUUGCAGCAGUAUCGCAAGGAGGAGUGCCUCGAGGAGGCGAAGGCCGUCAGAGUUACAACGGAGCAGGGGGACGAUGCUGAGGGCGCUUAG